CUCUCCAUCCAACACAAGUCCUCUGGGACAGCAGAGCUCACAAGCCUCUGGGACAGGAGCCAAGAAGAAACCAGAACGAAAGCACCUUGCGUCAAUAUGACUUCCAAGCUGGCUGUUGUUCUCUUAGCAGCUGUUAUGCUUUCUGCAGCUCUUUGUGAAGCUGCAGUUCUGUCAAGAAUGAGUUCAGAACUUCGAUGCCAGUGCAUAAAAACUCAUUCCACACCUUUCCAUCCGAAAUUUAUCAAAGAACUGACAGUGAUUGACAGUGGCCCACACUGUGAAAACUCAGAAAUCAUUGUAAAGCUCACCAAUGAAAAAGAGGUGUGCCUGGACCCCAAGGAAAGAUGGGUGCAGAAGGUUGUGGAGAUAUUUUUGAAGAAAGCUGAGAAACAAAAUUCAUGAAACAAACAACCACGUUCUCCAUGGUUUCCAAGAAUUCUUCAGUAAAGAGGCCAAUGAAACUUCAAGCAAACAUAUUUACUUCAGCUUUUCAUAUAGUGUGUGGGUCUGGUAUAGGGUUCCCAGAUAAAACAGAGUGUGCCCCAUUAGAUCUGAAGAUGAAGUAAAACAAUGAGUGGUUUUAUUUCAAAGUCCGAUUCCAUUGUCCCAUACAAUAUCCAGACUCACUUAUAUUUAAAACGUUAUUUAUUGUGUACCGCAAAUUUAACUGGAAAUCCUGGAUAUAUUUUGUAGUUAUUGUUACAUCUUUCAACCUCAGCCUGCCGGCCAGGGCGUGUGAGUCCCUGUCCUUGGUUCCUUAUUUAUUGCUCAACUGGAGAAAGAGUAUCAGUCAUCAUCCUGCCUCACAGAGAUGUGAGGACAUGUGGAAGCACUUUAACUUUUUCUCAUGUCAUGCAAAUGAUGUACAGGUGAAACUUGUUUGCCUAUUUAUUAUU